GCACAAUUAAAAACGGCUUUGAAAGACUUAGGAAUAAACAUUUCUAUUCCCCUGAAUAACAGCCAGUUAAGAAAAUUAUACGAAGAUAACAAAGAGAGACAAUCCUUCUCAGCGGAAAACAGUGCCCACGCUAUGACCGCAGAAAAUAGUGCUAACACUAGUACGCAGAAAAACAAUGAAACAUCUUCCAGUGUCGCAAGUAAAAACUCUGUUUUAAAUACAGAACUAUUUCUCAAAAUUCCACUAGUCAAAACCAGGAUCCUAUGACGGUGAUGCAACCGACGACUCAAUCCCCACCUCGCAGUGAUACACUACUGUCAACUUCCGCCCAGGGCACUUCGACGUUGGAAACCCUACCUCGCAUACAGUCAACUUCUGCCCAGAGCACUUCGGAAGGCCUCGGAAACAAUCACAAAUUAGAAAACGCUCUUGUAAAUAUGCUUCAACUUUGCCAGCAAACUUUACUGCAAGUGACACAAAAAAGCGAGCCUUCAUCAAACUUCUGCUUGCAGUCAGCCAUGGCAGUAUGUCAAACCCAGGUUAAUGCAUUCCCUUCCAUGUCGUACUCAGUUCGUACCAGCAGUGACACAAGCCAGAUGUCAAGGCCAUCAUUCGGGGUGCCAGCAUCUUCGAUCUCCGACAUCUAUAUCAUUUCACCUGAAGUUCGGCAACAGAUCGUAGCAGAUCAAGAAAUUCUGACAACUGGCGCCGGAUGCAGAGGAACAGCCAACACCAUGUCCACCACUAUCCCAGAUUCUUUGGACUGCGCAAUAGAAAACCUCUGGAACCAUGCCUUAUCCCGUUCCACUUUAAUGGCCUACGAAGCAGGUAUGGACUCAUACACAAAGUUCCUUUUACUUCAUGGCACAACAUGGGAUGAUGGAAGUCUUGCAUCAGUGAUAGAAAGGCUACUUAUGCGUUUUGCAGCUUUUUGUGAUGAACAUAAACAAAUUAAACAUUCUACAAUCAAACUUUAUUUGUGUGGGAUUAGAUUCUUUUAUCUAAAGCAAGGUGGUUUCAACCCCAUGCUCAAAGAUGGAAAACCACUGGAGUGUUUAAAAACAAUUUUAGUUGGCAUUAAAAAGAAACAAGGGUCCACUAGUAAAUGUGUCCAUUUACCUAUAACCAUGCCCAUUUUAUCACAGAUGUGCAAUUUAUUAAAAAUGUCUGUUUUUGGUUAUUUUAAUAGUUUCAUGUUAGAAGCUGCUUGUGUUGCAGCAUUUUUUGGUUUUCUUAGGUGUGGUGAAUUUACAGUGUUAAAUCAGUUUGACUCUGAGAGCCAUCUAUGCUUAAGUGAUGUUCAGAUCAGCACUGAAUCUGUUUUUAUUACACUUAAGAAGUCUAAAACUGACCCCUUCAGGCAAGUCUUACCAAUCAAGAUCAAUGCUUAUCAGACAGCUAUUAUAAUGAACAAUAACUAG